GCAGAUAGAUCUAGACAGCGAACGCAUUCACUUGUUUCUUGAAUACCACGUGUUUCAGGUGUUUUGCCGGUUUAUGGCAUCGUAGUAGUUGGUGCAUUGAACUAUACCGUGCGUCCAGCGCGCAACGGAAGAACAUUUUUCAAUUUUUUUUCCUCAAUUUUGAUUUUGUGCAGUGUGGCUAGUGCGACUGAAAAAGGGGACGUUUGCAAGGUUUUUGACGAAAAUCCGGUUCAAAUGAAGCGUCGAAAAUGAUGUUGCGAAGCAUCACACUCCUGGUGAUUGCUCUUCUGCAUUCGGUCAAAGGAUGCCAGUUCUAUCCGCCAGGGGAGUACCUCAGGUUCGUGAGAGUACCGGAAAAUCUCAGGGUUGGGGAGGAGGUGCUGAGAAUCGAGGUUUAUCCCAGGAAUAAUUUGAGUCUAAAACCAGUGGAUAAGGAUGAAGACGUCCAUUACUUCACCUACAGAGAUUUUAAUCGGACCACAGUUUCACUUCUUCUUGCGAGAUCACUCGAGGACCUUGUAGAUUCAGAUAACCCACGAAACGUUCUCAAAUUCAAAGUCUCUUGCGACUACGACGACGGCGAAGAUAUCAUUACAUCCUCUUUGUCGGUGACGGUGUAUGUGGAGGAUGUGAACGACCAUGCGCCCGUUUUCGUCGGUGCACCUUAUCAGCUCGCCGUCGACGAACUCACACCUGUUGGUCUAACGAUCUUCCGCGGAAUCCGCGCCUCGGACCGCGACAAGCCCAACACUCCCAACUCGGACGUCCAAUACGCCAUCAUCUCCGGAAACGAACGUGGCAAAUUCGCCCUGGACAGCAGCCAACAAGCCUUCCUCAUUCUCAAGCGACCGCUCGACUACGAUACGGGCGAUCGCGAAUUUCUUCUAACCAUUGCAGCAUCGGACCGGGGGAUUCCCCCCAGGAGUACCAACACAACGAUUCGGAUCACCGUCAACGACAAUGACGAUCUUAGCCCCAAAUUCACCAAAGGGGUCUACCGGACACGAAUCAACGAAUUCUACCCAAUCACAGGCGAGCGGAUUCACAAGCUCCUCACCUUUGACCCCGCCAUCCACGCCUUCGACCAGGACAUCGCCAUUGAUGCGCCCAUCCGGUACGACAUCAUCGCAGGAAAUGAGCGCCACAUUUUUUCCUUGGACCACGUCAACGGUUCACUCUUCAUCGAGCGCGAGAUCGACAUCGAUUCGGAGCGAUCUCUCCCUGGAAACACCUUUGUCCUGCAAAUCCAAGCAUCACAAGUCGACAAUCCGGCCAAAACUGGUGUGGCAAGAGUGGAAGUCGAGAUAAUGGACUUGAACGAUAAUUUGCCCGAAUUUGAAGUGGACUUUUACAAUAUCAGCAUUGUCGAGAAUCUACCGAACGGUUUCAGUGUCUUGCAAAUCAUUGCAGUUGACCAGGACCAAGGCGACAAUGCUGAGUUCUCCUACCAGUUGGAGGACAACACUGGGGCUUUCACACUCGAUUCGAGGACAGGGUGGCUCACGGUAAGAGACCAGAGUGUCUUGGACCGCGAGAAACGGUCAACUCUCCGAAUGCAAGUCUAUGCCAAAGAAAAAGUUCCUAGUGUUGUCAGCAGCAAACUUGGUGCCUCUGCUGUCAACAUCGAAGUUACUCUCUUGGACGCAAAUGACAAUAACCCGACCUUCAUCCCUAAUAAUCUCUACAAUUUCAUCACAAAUAGCGAUCUUAAGAUCGGUGAUGUCGUUGGUCAAAUCCAUGCAAUUGAUCCAGAUUUGGGACGAAAUGGAAUUGUCACUUAUUCGAUACAAAAAGCUCCAAAUAAUACGGUACCAUUCAAAGUUGACCCAAAAUCGGGCAAAAUUAGUGUUAAUCAGAAGGUGGUAACUCCGGGACGUCAUCUUUUGUUUGUGGAAGCCUCAGACCAGCCCUUAAAUCCGAGCGAACGGCGGUCGUCUCUGGCUGUGGUCACAAUCGAAGUGCAACAGCAAACUGGCAAAGGUACUGUUAAAGGCUUGCCCGACUUUAUCGGAGCCCCUUACGAAUUCUGGGUUGGCGGUAACGUGGGUGUUGGUACCAGUGUGGGCCAAAUUCGCGUCGCUGAUGUCCCAGAUCGUAGAACCAUAAUUUACGAUUUGUUACACAGCUAUCAUGAAGGAGUCCCAUUUGCUGUGGAAGAACGAUCAGGUACUAUCACAGUUGUAGAUAAUUUGGAAAACUACAACCGCCAAAAUUACGAAUUCGAGGCUGUAGUAACAAACGAAAAGGAAAUGACCCUGGUUACGAACGUAACAAUUCAUGUAGUGGACCCCAAAGACGAAAAAACAAUCCUCAUGAAGGCCGGUACCGCCCCAAUUGAGUUCCACGUGAAAGAAAACGCCGGUAAUCUCUUAAUCGGGCGCUUAGGUUUCAAAAACGCCAACUCAAGCGGUCUGGUCUUCUCAAUCGCCAAUCAGAAGGACGUAACUGAGCACAUUUCCAUAACUUCCGACGGUAGUUUAUACACAGUCAAGCCUCUAGACCGUGAAACUCGCGAUGUUUACCGCCUGACAGUCCUGGCAGAGUACAGUAAAGGCGCCAUUACGGGAACAGGCAUCUACCAAGUAACAAUUCACGUGGAUGACGAAAACGACAACAAACCAACCUUCGAACACUCAAAAUACGAAGGCAAAGUGACGGAAAAUUGCAUUUCGGGGACGGAGGUUGACUUAAACUACCUCAUCCACGUCAGUGAUAAAGACACAGGUGAUAACGGCCAGUUUGGAGUGACAAUAUUCGGAAACGGGAGCGAAAAAUUCAGACUGGACCGAAACACCGGCAAGAUUUUUUUCACAAGCGCUGAUAGUCCGCUAGACCGGGAGGAAACUGGCAUUUUUAACUUGCGGUUAGUAGCGAAAGACCAGGGCGGGCUUUACGAUGAGGCUAUUUUGAUAAUUAUGGUCGAGGACGAAAAUGACAAUGCUCCGACUUUCGUCCAGUUUAUCGUCUAUGAGGACAUUGGGGCUGAAGUUGAGGAGUACGACAAGUUGGGUAACCGAAUUGGUCAUUUCGAACAACUUGAGAAUUCUACGAAGGGCACUUACGUGCUCACGCCGGCUUACACACGUGCCAAGAAGGCCAAAAGCAAAAUGUCCCCACUGGUGGUUUUGAAGGAGGACGUCGGUGUUGGUACUCCUGUUAUUAAGCUAGUGGCGGAAGACCGCGAUUUUGGCGAUAACGCUGUUGUUAAGUACGAAAUGGUUUCCGAGACGUACAUUCCGAACGAGUACUCGGCCGAGCCGUUCCAUUUGACGCAGUACUUCAUGGUACAUGCGACCAAUGGCGAGAUAUCCGUUUCAAGGACACUUCCGCCGGAAUCCGAGUUCCGGCUCAAUAUCUCCGCCAGUGACAAAGGCGGUCUCAAGGACCACAUCUCCGUGCGUUUGACCAUCGAAGACGUCAACGACCAUCCGCCAGUCUUCUCCAAAUCCUGGUACAACUUCGACGCAGAGGAAGCUUCCUACUCACGCAACAUCAUCGGAAGGGUCGAAGCUAUUGACGGCGAUUUCGGACCCAAUGCCAACAUCACGUACAAAAUCCAGGAGAAGGACCCGAAAUUACCCUUCGCCAUCACCCCGCAAGGGGGGGUUUUGACCAUCGAUGGGGUCCUGGACCGCGAGACCAAAGACAAGUACAACUUCGUCGUGGUGGCGAAGGAUAAUCCCACAAAAGGCGAAAGUCUGAGUAGUUUCGUCAAUGUGGAGGUUAAUGUCUUGGAUGUCAAUGAUAACCCUCCCAGCUUCUACGGUUAUGACGAUUUGCUCCCAAACCCUGAAUCCAACACUUAUAGCAACCACAACUACCAGGAAGAUAUCCCGGUUUAUUACGCCACGGUGGCGGAGAACAGCCCAAUUGGUACUCCGGUCACCCGGAUAUUCGCCAACGACUCCGAUUUUACCGGAAACGGGAACGGGUUGCUCCUUUUCGACAUUCCGUACAAGAAGAACCGACAGAACUUAUUUACAAUUGAUUCGAAAGAAGGCAUUGUCACGACAAUCGGGAAACUGGACUUUGAGAACCAAAACAUGCACAAUAUUACGAUUGUAGCGUCUGAUUUGGGAUCACCAAGUCUUAGUUCUACUGCUCUUCUUGUCGUAACAGUGAUUGAUGUUCCAGAGGAUUUGCAGUCAAUGGAACAUCCGGUGUUUGCUCACCGCUACUACGAAGUGGAAGUCGAGGAAAACGUUCCAGUGCCUCUCAAAGUCCUGACUUUGAACGUCACAGAAUCUUACAGGUCACACAAACUCAAAUACAGCAUCGUGGCUGAUAAAACCAGUGACGUGCGUAAAACCUUCCGAAUUGACCCUCGGAACGGAACGUUGUACAUUAUCGAAAGUCCAGAUCGAGAGAAAAAAGCUCUUUACGAGCUAAUCAUUCGCUUGGAGCAGUACAAAGUCGGGCGUGACAUGACCGUGAUGGUCUAUCCAGUCACCAACGAGAGACUGGGCAAUCUGGGCUUGAACGAAGUCAAGGUCAUUAUCAGGAUAACCGACGUUAACGACAAUAUCCCCAAAUUCACGAUCACAGGACGUCCCAUAAUCGCCGCAAUCCCCACCACUGCCAGCUAUGGCCACCACAUCGUCCGACUCCAGGCGAAAGACCCGGAUCUGGGCUUGAAUGGAGAAGUUCGCUACCAGAUUCUAGGGCGCGCUGACGAAGCGGCCAGGAGGUUUACCAUCGAUCCGAUUACAGGGCAGGUUCGGGCGAUUGCUAACUUUGCGAGAGAUGCCGGGAAAGUGUACGGAUUUGAUGUUAAAGCCACGGAUCGGAGAGGAGCGGAUGAUGGGAAAUCGUCAAUUGCGAAUGUUUUUGUUUAUGUUUUGGAUGACCAGAAGCAACUUGUCAUGGUCAUGGGGUUGAAGCCGACAGAUGUUGAGAGGCACAUUGAGAAUAUUACGAUGAUUUUGCACAACACCACCGGAUACGACAUCCGAAUUCGUAAAUUAGAACCACACUCUGAACGCAAUCAGAUAGACAACAGCGCUACCGAUAUGUACCUGUAUGCAGUUGAUCCUCUUCUCAACGUUGUGGUCGACAUGGAACAGCUCCAAAAAGUUCUCCAAUUGAGACAGUCUGACAUUGAACACCAACUCCAAGGCCCUAAAGUUCUUGCUGUGGCUAGUGGUGUGUCCGAACGUGGUCAUUCUCGCAACCAACGCGUUAUCCUGUCAUCCCUUGAAGUGGGGGUGGUGGUUUUAGGGUGCGUCGUCUUCAUAGGGGCCCUAGCCACGGCUAUUUGCGUCAUGUGUGCCCGCAGACGCAAGCGAAGGUUGCUUCAGAAAAGCUUCGCCCAGCCUUUGGGCUACACUAUCGGCACUUUGGGCAAACCUAGUCUCUUCCCGGCAAGUUUCGGUGACCUCCACUACGCCGACGGCGGUCACGACAUGGUGCACCACCACCAUGACCGCUCUUGCCAACGCAUGUCCAGCACUAGAAGGACUUUCAGAGAGAGGUCUCGAAGUUCUGGUUGUAUAGAAAAGUCGAUAACGUCUCUUCAUUCCAGUGGGCAAGACUCAGGCAUUGUGGACGCUGGACAUUGUCAAUGUAGGCAAUCGUGUUCUCAGUCGUCGGAAGAGAGCAGCAAGUAGUUACGAAGACUCCUUGCAAUCGGUGCCUCAGAAGCGGACUAGAUCAGCUUCAGUUCGACAAGUUGAGCUCAAUUCCGCCAGAAAUACGCAACAGAGGAGGUCAAGGAAUAGGUCUAUAAGUGAGGACAUUGUCCAAAGUGGGGGGCUGCACAGGAUGCGGUCUUUGGGGCACAUCCCUGCGCCCCCACCUAUGGCUUUUUCGGGGCCUUCGACCCUCCGCAGGUCCUCCGACAGGUUAAUAGUAGGAUAAAUCAAUAUUUCUUAUUUUUAUGACUAGUUACCAUACGUAGAAACUAUUGUGUAAAUAUUACUGUAAAAUUUAAGUUGUAUUUAUUUUGACGAAGAAAUGGCCUAAUGUGCAAUAAAUAUUUUUGUAUAUAUUAAUCUUGUAACUAAUAUAUAAUUACUGUAUAUAUUACUAUUAUAACAACUGGCUUGUAUUAUUUAGUUAAAAUUUGAAUAAAUAGCGAUUUUAGAGAA